AUGCGAAAACGGAUACCCAUUGAUAAUGCGAUAGAAUUUUUACGUGGUAGAGUCUAUUUGGGGGCUUAUGAUCUCACUCCAUCGGACACAGAUGAGAUCGUAUAUUUUACAGUGGAAGAUAUUCUGUUCUAUAACAGAUUCCACUUGGACUUUGGACCUCUUCAUAUUGGACACUUGUAUCGGUUUGCAGUUAUCUUUCAUGAGAUUUUAAAUGAUCCAGAUAAUGCAGGCAAGGCUGUAGUGUUUUACUCAUCUUCCUCGACCCGCCAAAGAGCCAAUUCAGCGUGCAUGCUGUGUUGCUACAUGUUGUUGGUUCAAGGGUGGACUCCUCACCAGGUUUUGCAGCCCCUAGCACAAGUGGACCCCCCUUUCAUGCCAUUUAGAGAUGCUGGCUAUUCUAAUGCUGAUUUCGAAAUCUCAAUACAGGAUGUCGUGUACGGUAUAUGGAGGGCCAAAGAGAAAGGAUUGGUCAACUUGAACAGCUUUGACCUAGAAACGUAUGAGCGCUACGAGAGAGUGGAGAACGGUGACUUCAAUGUUCUGACACCUGAUUUUGUCGCGUUUGCUUCCCCAGAAGAAGAUUCGCAUCAUAAAACGCACUCAGAUAGGCCGCACCUGAACGCGGCUUUCCGCUCAGUGUUGAACUUUUUUUCUGACAACAACGUGCAGUUGGUCGUUAGGCUAAAUUCGCAUCUUUAUAACAAAAAACACUUCGAAAGCGCAGGAAUUGGUCAUCUCGAUCUUAUUUUUGAAGAUGGUUCGUGCCCGGAUAUGUCGAUAGUCCAUAAUUUCGUGGGAGCUGCAGAGACGAUAAUAAAUCAAGGUGGAAAGAUCGCUGUCCACUGUAAGGCAGGGCUCGGUAGAACAGGGUGUCUUAUAGGCGCGCAUCUUAUUUACACGCACGGCUUCACAGCAAACGAGUGCAUAGGAUUUUUGAGGUUUAUAAGGCCAGGAAUGGUUGUCGGACCUCAACAGCAUUGGCUCUAUUUGAACCAGCAUACGUUCAGAGAAUGGAAGUAUACAAUGAGGUUGGGGCUAGAGCCAAGCGAAGUCAUUGGUGAUCUUUAUCCCCUGGUUACUGUUGCUGAGUAUAGACGUCAAAAAAAAUCAAAGAAAUCCUAUAGAAAGCAGGCUGAAUACAACAUAAGUGAUUACACAAUAGAUGAUCACACAGUAACGCCACCUGGCUCAGCCCAGAAAAAAACGCUGCAAAGCAUUACGGCGGUGCCCCAAAAUUCGCCGGGUCAACCUCGAAAAGGACAGAAUGGGAACAAUAGGGUGGAGGAAAUCAGGACUCUUAAAGAGCGCCCAGUCGAAAACAAUAGUGACGAUGAAUCUAUGCAGGUGGAUAGCAGUCAGGGUAGCGCCAGCAAGCGCGGCAGCCCAGCUUCUAUUGAAGAUGACGCCGCCUUGAGACAGCUUGCCCCCAAAAACAAACGUGCUAUAUCUAGUGGAGCAGGAAGGCGAUCUGCAAGUGGGGCUGGUAUUAGAAAGGUAUCCGGUACCGCUAAAAGAUAA